CGUGUCUCUGAGGCUCGGUUUUCUCAUCUGUAAAGGGGUUGUUGUGAGGGUUCCGUUAGGGUUCCGUGGGAGUUCGAUAAUGGUGCUCCUGGGAGUGUCGCGCCAGACGCCUGGAAACAACUAGGGGUGGGUGUGGGGACCCCAGAUGAGGGUGUCUGGGUCCAGCGAUGCGGGGGGAGCACCGCCCCCUGGUGGCGGUCCCUUUCGGGUCACCCAGACUACAGGCGGGGCGACGGGAAGGGCUACUUGGGGGCCGGUCGCCGUCCAGCCUCCAGUCGACUGGUUCCUGGCGCCGCGUCUGGGCGUCGCUCUCCGCCGCCCGCCGCGCGCCUCGAUGUCUCCAGCCGCUUACGGGAGGACUCCUCUCUGCUUCAACUGCUCCAUCCUCCCUGGAGACAUGUCCCCGACGGAGGCAGGGAGCCCAGUGCCCUGCAAUGGCAGUAGGGCCUGGGGGGUCUUUGGCCCUGAGGACUUGAACCUGACCGAUGAGGAACUGAGACUCAAGUACCGGGGGCCCCGGCAGACGGAGCUGUUCGUGCCCAUCUGCGCCACAUACCUGCUGAUCUUCGUGGUGGGCGCCGUGGGCAACGGGCUGACCUGCACAGUCAUCCUGCGCCACAAGGCCAUGCGCACAGCCACCAACUAUUACCUCCUCAGCCUCGCUGUGUCGGACCUGCUGGUGCUGCUCGUGGGCCUGCCCCUGGAGCUCUAUGAGAUGUGGCACAACUACCCCUUCCUGCUGGGCGCUGGUGGCUGCUACUUCCGCACGCUGCUCUUCGAGACGGUCUGCCUGGCCUCGGUGCUCAAUGUCACCGCCCUGAGUGUGGAGCGCUACGUGGCCGUGGUGCACCCGCUGCAGGCCAGAUCCACGAUGACUCGGGUCCACGUGCGCCGCGUACUCGGAGCCAUCUGGGGCCUUGCCGUGCUGUGCUCUCUGCCUAACGCCAGCCUCCAUGGCAUCCAGCAUCUGGAGGUGCCCUGCCGGGGCACGGUGCCCCACUCAGCUGUGUGCACCUUGGUCCGCUCGCGGGCCCUCUACAACCUGGUGGUGCAAAUCACCACUCUGUUCUUCUUCUGUUUGCCUAUGGCCACCAUCAGCGUGCUGUAUCUGCUCAUCGGGCUUCAGCUGCAGCGGGAGAGACUGCUGCUGCUCAGGCAGGAGGCCAGGGGCAGGGCCAAGUCCAGCGAGAGCCGCAGGUUUCAGCGGCCGCAGGAUCAGGGUCGGACACAGGUGACCAAGAUGCUGUUCGUGCUGGUCGUGGUGUUUGGAGUCUGCUGGGCCCCUUUCCACGUCGAUCGCCUCAUGUGGAGCUUUGUGUCCAGCUGGACCGAGGGCGUGUACCUGGCCUUCCAGUACGUGCAUAUUAUCUCCGGCGUCUUCUUCUACCUCAGCUCCGCCAUUAACCCUGUGCUUUACAACCUCAUGUCGAGCCGUUUCAGGGAGACUUUCCAGGAAGCCCUGUGCUUGGGGGCCCGGCGCCGCUACCACAGGCCCUGCCACAACUCCCACAGCCUCAGCAGGGUGACCAUGGGCAGCACCCUGUGUGACCUGGGCUCCCCGGGCACCAGGGCCCACCCUCUGACUGAGAAUGGUGGCCGAGAGGGGCAGCAAGAGACUGACCCCUUCUGAGCGGAGCCUCGAAGCAGCUACACCCAGAGAGACCAGAGUGCCACAUGCAGUUUUGGGAGCCACACUCGCCUUCCUCUGCUGGGGUGUCUUCCUGGUCUGUCCCCCUUUGUGCCCGUCCCCACUUCAGCCUCUAAACUCUGAACUGGCACCUCAGUGAUUCCUACCCCCACCCAAGUUUUGGAAGGAAUAUAACGUUGCUAUCUGCCCUCCAGAGCCCCAGGCCCACAGGCAAAGUCCUUCUUCUACAGAAACAUGGCAGCUGGUUAACUGGAGGAGCCAGCUUCCAUCUGGGCUCUCCCCCACCCUCACCCCCAUUUUCUGAAAUGUUUUCAUUGGGUCCCACCUUUCCUUCCCACUUCUUGUUGAGAUUCUGCAGGUUCCGGCCCGUUCCGGCCCUCUAAGCUCUUGGCCUGUACCCGGGGCCCCCUCCAGCCUGGCCCUCCGUGGCCCCCGUUCAGCUCGUUCUGCUCUGGAUCUCCACCUGGUGGAGUCGCUGGGUGGCAGGGGUGCCGGGGAUCCGGGGGACCUGGUUCUGGUCUCAGCCCUGCUGCCACCACCUUGCAGCGUGACAUCACCUUUCCAAGCCUUGGUCCCUUGUUUGCAAAAUAAGAGGGGCCCUGACAUUGUACAGUGUCACACGUUGGCACUUUAGCCGCGGUUUUUUGGUGCGUGUGCUUAAGUCACUGCUUGUAACAAAACUGAUGGAAAACCCAGGAUCGACAAGGCAGAAAUUACUCUGUAUUUCCUCACCACCCUCCAGCUCCUACUCCCUCCCUGACCUCCAUGUCCGCGCCGCCCCCACCCCCCGCCCCUGCCAGCGCACUGAGAGCCACUCUAGGCAUGUUCUUUGCUUGACAGCAACUGAGGGUCAGCGUGUGAGCGAGGCCCCUGCCUGCCUCAGUCCUCGCCUCCACGUGGGCUGGUUGGGGGGCCUGAGGUGGGCAGAACCCGGGCCUGGCUGACCAGAGGAUUCCGGAGGUAAGAGACAUGGGCCAACCAAGGGCAAGGAGUGGCCGUGAGGACAGUUUUGCCUGGGGCUCAGUGAGGGAAGAGCGACCAGGGGUAAGUAUGUAAGUCCUGAAACGGAACCCCAUCCCAAAUGCUUGGGGGCUGGUGCCGUGCUCAGUCAGGACCCACUCGGUUUCUGGAACUUGACCUGUUACAAGUCUGUGGACCCCAUCCCUUUCCUGAGACAGGACUGCUGUGGGAGGACUCCCAGCCUCCCUGGCGGGUGCUGCAGGUGCCCAGAGUGAAGAAGGCGGCGUGACGCAGGUCUGUUGCCCAGGUUCUCCCUGUGACGUGGAGAGAUUGUACAGGUUGUGCACAAUGUUCUGGAGGUUUUGAAAUUCAAUUAUAAAAAUGUCAAAUGCUCUUGGUAGAAAAAUUGGAAGGUACAAACAAGCAAAAAUGAAUGAAUUUUAAGUAAUUAAAGACCACCUUUGCUGGGGCCGGCAGGAGGGGGAAACGGGGAGUUGUUUAACGGGUACAGGGUUUCAGUUUUGCAAGAUGAGAACAUUCUGGAGAUUGGCUGCCCAACAGUGUGACUGUACUUAAUACUGAACUGCACCCUUAAAUGGUUA